UUUGUGAAGUGUUUCGAAGAGGAAUAAUAAAGAAGAGUUCUAUUAUAUUAUAUAUAAAAAAGAAAUAAAAACUAUUGCCAUUAGUAAAACGAAAAGUGAUAGAAUAUUUUCGUUUCAACAAAACCUAAACUGUGAUUAAAAAAAGAACAACAGAAAAAAGAAAAACAAAUUUCGAAAAAGCCACAGCCACACAGUAGAUAACUCAGCUAUUGUGAAAGUAAAAAGUUAAUCAAAAGCAUAAUUGUGAUAAAAAUCGCGUGUGGUUUCUGACAAAGUUUUUAAAAUUUGGACACAUAUACACUCCACUGAUCUGGAAGUUACCGAAAAACAAAAUCUUAAAGAACUUUAACCACAACCUAACUACAACUCAUAUAACUGUUUCUGGUGAACUCGGGUCGUAGUUGUUUUAUAUCUCUCGUGUCAGUUAUUUUGGCACAACGUUUUGAAAUAAAUUUCUAUUCAAACUUAUCAACAACAGACAACAUGAAAAUGGAAAUUUUAGCCGUACAACAGUUAUACCAUCCAUCCGACUUUGCGGGUUUGGGGUCUAAUAAAGUAAAAGAUUGGACUUCACCCCUAACACCCCCACCAGAGGCCAGUACCCAGGCCACCACCAAUUUACCAUACAAUCAAACGAACACCAUCAAUAAAAUGAAAAGCAGUAUUAACAAUCAAAAGAAUAGACGUUUAUCGGAAAGCCAGAAUAAGCGUAACACUCCAGCGGUGGUAGCUACUAAUCAAAAACCCUUGGCUAGCAACACCAAUAAAGCCAUACACAAUAGCAGUAGUAGCAGCAGCAAAACUCACAACAACGUCUACUACAGUGAAGACUUCGAUGCUACGGCCAUUAAUGAUUUGUCCCUACGUUUACUGGAUGAACUAAGAGCUGCUAAAAGUCGUCAUUUGUCGUGCACCGAAGUCUCAUUACCCUGUGAUCUCACACCACGCAUUGCAGCUGAGAUUCUACGCCUGUCCGAAAGGGAGCCCUGUGGCCUGCGGGGCUGCACCGUUUACAUUGAAUUCGAAGAUGAGCCAAACAAUUCCAGACGCAUUGCCUCGCUCAAAUUGGAUAAGGAAACCGUAUCUACAUUUGAGAUCUAUUUGACACUGCGUCAGGAUCAUCGUGGUUGGGCUGCUCUCUUGCCACAAUUCAUGAAGGGUCUGUCGCGCACCAUCACCAUAAGUCCCGAAUUCAAUAUCACAAAGAACAAGCUUUACUCUCCCCUGACGAGCAGUGGCUAUAUGUAUACCAGUUCUAAGGCUAUAUCAACACCCACCGCAUAAAAAUCUAACAAUACACUUCAUUUUCUACCCUCCAAAUAGUAUGGAUUUUUCUAUUCCAUAGAUUUCCAUCCAUGUUAACACCUUUGGAUUCAAUCAAACCAACCACCAAACAGGCCCAGCAGCUGCUAAAUCUCAGCAAGCCACCUUACUAAACAACCCCUAAAUCAAUGCGUGAACUGUGUUUCCCCAUUUAGUUUGUAAGCUUUUUGUGUUCUUCUUUUCCGUUGUCAUUUUUAUGCGAUUUCAUCACUAGUAUCUGUCACCCCUUCACCCUUUUUAAAUUUAAGUUGUCGAAUAUUUCACCCUGUCCCUCGAUAAAUUGUUGUACAAAUGUCGGGAAACAUAAUUUCCGGAUAAAGAAUAUACGUCCCGAGUUACAUCUGAACGCAAGGCCAAUUAAUCGCAAAGCAACAUCAACAACAAAACUCAUGAAAAGAAUGUGAUACUUAUUAAGAUGCUAAGUUUUAAUCUUCCAAUCCAACAAACAAAAACAAAUCAACCAUGUGAAAUAUAAAAUGUGUUAAAUUUGCAUUAAAGCAAAGCAAAUUUUGAAAUCUAAGAUAAAGAGGAACUCCCCUUCCCCCCAAUGAAAAAUUCCUCAGUCCCUUACAAAAAAUAACCCACACCCACAAUGUGUGUGUAUGUCGAAUGUCGAUCUAAAUUCAAAGAAUUUUCAAAAUUUUUUGAUAUUUAUUUAAUAUUAAUUAUAAGUUUUUGUGUGUACUUUAAUUUAAACGUUUUUUAACAUAAAUUUUUUGAAAAACAAAAAAAUCGAAAGAAACUGCGAUAUUUUGCCUCUCCAUUCAUUGGUCAGGCAUUUAGUUUGUAAUAAUAAAAAAAAAACACGAAAUGAAAUCCAUAUUAUCUAAAAGAAAUACUUUAAAAAGUUUUCAUUUUCAUUAUGUUCUCCAGCAUUUUGCUAAUAAAUGCAGCAGAAUAUCUGUAAUUUUUUUUUCUCAUUUUCAACUAAUCUUUAAAUGUGUUUUUUGUAAGUUAUUUUCCGACAAAGUAUUUAAAACAAAAACUGUAAAACGUACAUAUAGAUUGUCUACGAAAAAUGAUUUUAAGUUUUUUCUUUAAUUUUUCAUAAAAACAAACAUGUAUUAUUUUCAUACCAGACAAAACUUGAAAAAUAUUCCCUGCCCCAGAUGGCAAUGAGAAAACGUCCUCAACAGGAAAUGAAAACGAAAAUGUAUUAAUGUUAAUAUUCUAAGUUUGUUUUAAAUAUUUUUAUAUAUUUAAAAUACAUAAACAACCCUAUGAUCUUAAUUUUGUUACCAAAAAACAAAACAAACAAAAUCCUCCCACCACACCCCCCCCCCCACAAAAAAAAAAAAAAAUGAAAUAAAUAUAAAUAAAAAAACGAAAAUAUAUUCGGAAGUUGCUUUACUAGAUUCCUUAUUCGAGUAUCUAAGAGAGUAAUGGAUGGAUGUAUUCCAAAUUAAAAACAAA